GGUAGUCCUGAGGUGUUAGUGAUGGAGGGGGAGUCAGGUUUUUCUGCUCACACUCCUCCAUCCAUGAGUGCGGAAUCUCGUUUCUUCUGUAGUGCUGAGGGAGGCCGACGAUACGGACUAUCUACAAACCAGUUAAAAGAUUCAAAAGUAAAGUUAGUUUCCCGUAGCUAGACCAAUUUAUACAGAGGACUGCGAUUCAAGUAAAAGCGCUGUUUAUCCUUUAGGUUAGUUUUGACUCUCAGAGGACUGACGACCGAAGUAGCGACUGGGGUAAAAGUUUUCCCCUCUACCUUCUUGUCGCACGAGCGCAAACAAAAACCGCACGGGUGGGAUUUUCAGAAGAAAAACAGGUCUAAAAUCGGCUUGUUGGCGUUAUUAGUGAGUCUUAAACGUUAUGUUACUUAAAGAAAUCAUCUUCACGCGAUCUUUAGGACGAGCACGCGUCUCGAUACGCUGAAUAUUUUCACUGAUUUCAAACGAUUAUCAGGCGAGUCGAAGGAAAAACUGAGCAACACUCGUGUGGUUUAAUGAGAACCAAAAAGGCUAAACUUACAACAGAGGAAGAAAUGUGGAGUUUCGUCCAUUGACUAUUUUUGGGAGACUGUAUUUUGAACUUCUGAAUCUGAUCUGGGAUUGACUCUUUUCAGAAAGGAUUUGCUUCAGAAAGAAAAAGUGCUGAUGUCCUAGCUGUUUUUAUGGAGAGCUGGGCUGGAUGCAGAGUUCAGAUGUAGAGAAUCCUUCAUGAUGAUGAUGAUGAUGAUGAAGACCAUGUUGCUGCUGAUCUCAGUACUCCUAACUCAGGCUCUUCAGUCCCAGGGCAGACCAGCCACCCAAGAGGAGAUGGUAGCCCUGAUUGAGCCCACGCCGUUCACUCUGUAUCCAGGGGAUAAAUUGGAGCUGAUCUGUAAAGAUAAAGAGGAGACACAGGAAGUGACUUGGACUAAGGACCAUGUUCCACUGGUUGACGGAGAGCACACCCGUCUGCGCAACGAUCAGAUGGAGAUUGAAUCAGUAGAGCCGGCCGACUCUGGUCUGUAUGCUUGCUUUGCUCAGGGACCCAACAGCAACCAUACAGAUUACUUCAAUGUCAACGUCACUGAUGGAUUGAUUUCCUCAGAAGAUGAUGAUGAAGAUGAGUCUUCCUCAGAGGAGGCCAAGCUAUCAAGUGACCAGAAGCUGCUUCCAAUGGCACCUGUCUGGGCUCAACCUGAUAAGAUGGAGAAGAAGCUCCACGCGGUUCCCGCCAGCAAAACUGUCAAGUUCCGUUGCCAGGCCAACGGUAACCCUACACCAACACUCAAGUGGCUCAAGAAUGGCAAAGAGUUUAAGAGAGACCAGCGAAUAGGAGGAUUCAAGGUUCGAGAACACAUGUGGACCAUCAUAAUGGAGUCGGUGGUACCGUCAGACAAAGGAAACUACACCUGCCUGGUGGAAAAUAAAUACGGCAGCAUCAAUCACACCUACCAGCUGGACGUAGUCGAGCGUUCACCACACAGGCCGAUCCUUCAGGCCGGGUUGCCUGCUAACCGUACAGUAGUGGUGGGUAGUGACGUGGAGUUUGAGUGUAAAGUCUUCAGCGAUCCUCAGCCACACAUCCAGUGGCUGAAACACAUCGAGGUGAACGGCAGCAGAGUCGGCCCUGACGGACUGCCGUACGUUCGGAUCUUGAAGCACUCUGGGGUCAACAGCUCCAACACACAGGUCUUGACGCUGUACAACGUGACAGAAGAAGAAAGUGGGGAGUAUAUAUGUAAAGUGGCCAAUUAUAUAGGCCAAGCCAACCAAUCAGCAUGGCUCACCGUCGUUAAACACUCGCAAGCCAUUCCUCCAACUCAACUGCCAAACCAGACGUACCUGGAGGUGCUGAUCUACUGCGUGGGCUUCUUCCUUAUCUGUGUGAUGGUGGUGACCGCAGUGCUGGCCAAAAUGCACAGCUCAGCCAAGAAAAGUGACUUCAACAGCCAGCUGGCUGUCCACAAGCUGGCCAAGAGCAUCCCCCUGCGCAGACAGGUAACAGUGUCUGUGGACUCCAGCUCAUCGAUGCACUCUGGUGGGAUGCUGGUCCGCCCCUCCCGUCUGUCCUCCAGUGGCUCCCCUAUGCUCUCAGGGGUCUCCGAAUAUGAACUGCCCCAGGACCCACGCUGGGAGGUACACAGAGACAGGCUGGUUCUUGGGAAGCCGCUUGGAGAGGGCUGCUUUGGGCAGGUGAUGAUGGCCGAGGCUAUGGGGAUGGAUAAAGACAAACCCAGUCGUGUCACCAAAGUGGCUGUCAAGAUGCUCAAAUCCGACGCCACAGAGAAGGACCUGUCAGACCUCAUCUCCGAGAUGGAAAUGAUGAAGAUUAUUGGCAAACACAAGAACAUCAUCAACUUGCUGGGGGCCUGCACACAAGAUGGUCCGCUCUACGUCAUUGUGGAGUUUGCUGCAAAGGGGAAUCUGAGAGAGUAUCUGCGUGUACGCCGUCCACCUGGGAUGGAGUACUGCUACAACCCCGACCAGGUGCCCGUGGAGAACAUGUCAAUCAAAGACCUGAUCUCCUGCGCCUACCAGGUGGCUCGUGGCAUGGAGUACCUUGCAUCCAAGAAGUGCAUUCAUAGAGAUUUGGCUGCCCGUAAUGUCCUGGUAACUGAAGAUAACGUUAUGAAGAUAGCAGACUUCGGCCUGGCCAGAGACAUCCAUCAUAUUGAUUACUACAAGAAGACCACCAAUGGCCGUUUACCAGUGAAGUGGAUGGCGCCUGAAGCUCUGUUCGACCGCAUUUACACCCAUCAGAGUGACGUGUGGUCUUUUGGGGUGUUGCUGUGGGAGAUCUUUACUCUUGGUGGCUCACCGUACCCAGGUGUUCCUGUCGAGGAACUCUUUAAACUGCUAAAGGAAGGCCACCGCAUGGACCGGCCCUCCACAUGUACCCAUGAACUGUAUAUGAUGAUGAGAGAUUGCUGGCAUGCCGUUCCAUCUCAGAGACCCACUUUCAAGCAGCUGGUGGAAGAUCUAGACCGCACCCUCUCUAUGACGUCCAAUCAGGAGUAUCUGGACCUGUCUGUGUCUCUGGACCAGUUUUCUCCAAAUUUCCCAGACACCCGCAGCUCUACCUGCUCCUCAGGUGAAGACUCUGUGUUCUCUCAUGACCCCGGUGCUGAUGAGCCCUGCCUGCCCAAACUCCCCCCACAUCCCAACCGUGGAGUGGCGUUUAAAAAGCGCUGAGCUCCCUCACCUUCCACCAGUCACUCUUCAGUGUGCGGCUGGCUGGACUCAACUCAUGAACUCAUGGAGACAAUGCUUUGCCACACAGCACACUACAGAGCUGAAGCGCUUGGGAUGGACAUCACAUAAUGAUAACGGCUUGUUUCACACAGCUGGAAGAGAACAAACCAGCCGUUCACUGACCCCUUUACCUGUUGUUGCUAUAAAGCUAUAGGGCACUUGAGCAGAAAGUGGUACGUGUGUGUUUCUCAAGACUUUUCAAUAGGAAAUAUCCACCUCUGUCAUCUGUGUUAGAGAAAGCCUCGCCAUCGUUGUGUGCGGGACAGAUCGAUGGAUGUUGGGAGUGUUUAUAUUUUCUGUCGGUGUUAAACAUGCCUCCGAGACCAAAUUCUUAAGAAAAUGUAUUUCACUAAAUGGUCUGCCCGAAUGUAUUUUAACGACGGGCACUCCGUUUAUCUGACUGACGGCUUUAACUGUAAAUACAUCUAGAAAUGUAUAAAUAUGAAUAUAUAUUUACACUCUACCCUUAUUUUUAUUACACUAUUUGAAUUCUGUUGCUUUUUUUGUACCAGGAUGCGUUUAUGUAGAACUUUUUGAAGUGUAGCUUUUGUGAAAGCGCGGCGAUGAGAGUUGUAGAUGAAAUUAUAUUAUUAAGAGCUGAUAGAUGGCCAGUUUUGUUACUUAAUGUUGUUGUCCUGUAUCGUUGAUGCAGCGAGUGCUGCUCUCUUCCUGAUGGUACUCAGUACAGAGUCAGACUUAAGCUAUAUAAAUAUAUGUAUUUGAAAAGGUUCUUAUGGUUUUCCUCUUCAUGUCUUAAGCGAGUCCGAUUUGAUGCGUUUCAUAAUGAUCACAGGAAAAAAGGAAAUUCUCAAUGAAUUAGAUCUCGUCCAAAACAGAGAAUGUUCCGCUCCAUGUAAUGAAACGACCAUACGUUAAAAUCAAGUGGGUAACACAUAUGUUACUCUUUAAGAAUUACAUCCAAUAAAGGCUGUUGACGAAUGAAUCUCACAACCUUUCGUGCCGCAUAAAGAACCUUGUAAACAUCACUCUCGCUGACGAGUUUACAACAUAAAUUGUGUUUACAGUGAAAUUGACUGCAGGUUAGUAGGGGUGAUUAAAUAUUAUAAUGCGUAGCUAACAGUGUAAAUGCCGUCUCCUGCUGAAAGCCGAGAGUAACCGUUAGCUCCUUAUUUAUAGCGGUGUGAAUGACCCUUCUUAGCGAGGUGCUGCGCUACAAAUGCAUCAGACGGCAGACACUGUUUCCAGUGACGACUGGCUCCCUGCCAGCGGCUGAUGCAUCACUACACGUACUUAGAGACGCAAACUUGCUUCGGCCAAGUGAACCCUGUUCCCGCUACCAGCUCACGCUCCAAAAAUACCAGCCUUGAUUUAUACGCUUGAAGAAUACGGUUGAAGGUUGCAGAGUAUACAGCAGUUUAAAUUCAACAUUGUUUGUCAUGUUUAUGAGACGGCUGCAGUAAAUUUUAAUUUGUGGAACAUUGCUUUGUUCUGAGAGAGACAACGCGGGUCAACAGAUAUGGACUUUUGAAACACUGGUUGUAAGUCUGUUUUUUCCCAAAGGCAUGCAUUCCGAUUGGGAUUGUCGCUUUGCCGUUUAGUUGACAUCAAAUUUCUAGCUCAAAAUGCAUCAAUAAAUGUAUCAGCUUUUGUUAAAUAUGCAACGGCUUGUGUUGAAUUCUUAUUCUGAGUUGAAAUUGAAUGCCUUAAAAUGAAAGUUUUUGUCAUGGAAAACAGAAGGAGCUGUUAGGCACAAUGAUGUUGCUGUUUUUCAUAUAGUGAAAGUGAAUGGUGACCAGAGGCAUAUUUCACUAGCUGUGCAUAAGCUGCGAUGUACUGCAAAUAUUUUUGCAUUGCACCAUUAAACUUAAUUGAAACGUUACUCUACAUAUAAACUAAAUAUUCACAGAAGCCUUCGACCAGGAGUAAUGGUUGGAAUAAGAGAGCAGAUUGAUUUAUUGCAUUAAUUGACAAAUUCUUUAGACAUAUGUGAUGAUGUUGACAUUUACACUUUAAUAGAGAAAACAUUGUGAAUUGUUCAACACAAACCCGAUCUAAACAGAACAUUUUUGUGUGCAUCCUCCAUAUGCUUGCCGAAUAAAAUCAUAAAUAAAUGUCAUUUCUUGUU